CUCUUAGGAAUACACACAAGGAUAUUUCUACGGUUUUCUGUGUAGAAAGACUACUUGCGUCAAUUGAACCCCAAUCAAUAACUCGAAUUCUCCAACAUGGCGCCCAAGAAGAAGGGAAAUAAGAGACAGGAGGAAGACUGGGAAGCUGACCUCGGCGAGGCUGCUCCCGUAGCCGGUGGCGAGACCAGUCCCCAGGAAGCCGCAGCUCCCGCCGAAGAAGAGGGAGCAGGUGCUGGUGGUCUACUCGCCGCUUUGAGGAAGAACAAGAACAAGAAGGCCAAGAAGGGAAAGCAGCAGAACGACUUCGUCGAGGGCGAGGACGCGGCUGAGGCGAACGGAGGUGAUGAAUUCGCCAGCAAACAGCCUGAAGAAGGAGGUUUUGAUGAUGAGGAUGACGUCUUCUCCAAGAAGAAUCAGAAGGCUGCUGAGGCAAUUGCCAAGGCGGCGGCCGCGCCUAAGGAGGCCGAGGGGGAUGGUGAGUUCCGUGUGAAGACCAAGAAGGAGAAAGAAAGGGAAAAGAAGGAGAGAGAGAAGCAGCGGAAGAAGGAACAGGCCGCUAAGAAGAAAACCGAUAAGCCUCAACAGCCUGCUAAGGCCGAGCCUGAGAAGAAGCAAGAACCCACACCGGCUGCUGCUGCUGCCCCCGCCCCCGCUGCCCCAGAGCCUAGUGGUGGCAAGAAGAAGAAGGUCCCCGCCCACCUUGCCGCUAUCCAGAAGCAACAGGAGGCUCUCAGGAAGCAGCGUGAAGAAGAAGAGCGACUUCUCGCCGAAGAAAAGGCCUUAGAAGAGGAGAAGAGACGUGUAGAAGAAGAGGAAGAGAAGAAGAGGGAAGAAGCUCGCCAGCGUAAGAAGGAGAAGGAGAAGGAGAAGAAGGAGCAACUCAAGAGAGAAGGAAAGCUUCUCACUAAGGCCCAGAAAGAAGCAAAGGAGCGCAAUGAGUUGCGCCUGAAACAGAUGCUUGCCGCUGGUGCAGGCAAGGUUGCUGGCUUGGAAGACCAGGGUACUGAGAAGAAGAGACCCGUUUACGAUAACAAGAAGAAGAAGAAGGGCCCAUCGAAACAGGAGGAAGAUUUGGAGGCAGCCGCCGCGCGUGCCAAGGCUCAACGUGAAGCUGAAGAAGAACGCCGAAGGAAGGAGGCUGAAGAGAAAGCGAAAGCUGAAGCUGAAGCUGCCGCUGCUAAGGCUGCUGCUGCUGGAGAGGAAAGUGAACUUGAUGACUGGGAGAAGGCAGCUGACGAAGAAGAAGACGUGAAGGACUCCUGGGACGCUCCCACCGAUGAUGAGGAAGAGGCAAAGAAGCCAGCUACAAAUGGCGCCGCCAAGGUCGAGCUCCCUGAGAGGCCUGCUGAAAAGAAGGCCGCUACCAAGGACGAGGAGGAAUCUUCCGAGGAGGAGUCUUCGGAAGACGAGUCGUCUGACGAGGAACAGUCCGCUGCACAGAGGGCCAUUGCUCAAAGAAAAGCGGAAGCUGCUGAGCGCAGAAAGAAGCAACAUGAGGAGGCUAUGGCAGCUCGCUCAAAGGACAACCUACGUUCCCCCAUCUGUUGUAUUUUGGGACACGUCGAUACUGGUAAGACCAAGUUGCUGGAUAAGAUCAGACAGACAAACGUCCAAGAAGGCGAAGCUGGUGGUAUUACACAGCAGAUCGGUGCCACUUACUUCCCUGUGGAUGCUCUGCGUCAGAAGACUGCUCCAGUGAAUAAGGAUGGUACCUUCGACUUUAAGAUUCCUGGUCUGUUGGUCAUCGAUACCCCCGGUCACGAGUCCUUCUCGAAUCUGCGUUCCAGAGGUUCCUCGCUUUGCAACAUCGCCAUCUUGGUCGUCGAUAUCAUGCACGGUCUCGAGCCCCAGACCCUCGAGUCCAUGCGGUUGCUCCGUGAUCGUCGUACUCCUUUCAUUGUCGCGUUGAACAAGAUCGAUCGUCUGUACGGUUGGAAGAAGAUUGACAACAAUGGCUUCCAAGAGAGUUUGGCGAUGCAGAACAAGGGAGUUCAGAACGAGUUCCGCUCACGUCUCGAGCGGACCAAGCUGUUGUUCGCUGAACAGGGCUUCAACGCUGAGCUGUACUGCGAGAAUAAGUCCAUGGCUCGAAAUGUCUCUCUCGUGCCCACUUCAGCCCACACUGGCGAGGGUAUUCCUGACAUGCUGAAGCUGCUGACCACUUUGACUCAAGAGCGUAUGACUAACUCCCUCAUGUACUUGUCGGAGGUUGAAUGUACUGUUCUAGAGGUUAAGGUGAUCGAGGGUCUCGGUACCACUAUUGAUGUCGUCCUUUCCAACGGUAUCCUUCGGGAGGGUGAUCGAGUUGUACUAUGCGGUCUCAACGGUCCUAUAGCUACCAAUAUUCGAGCGUUGCUGACGCCGGCACCUUUGAAGGAACUACGUCUGAAGUCGCAAUACGUUCAUAACAAGGAGGUCAAGGCCGCCCUUGGUGUUAAGAUCGCGGCCAACGACCUCGAGCAUGCCAUUGCUGGUUCCCGGUUGAUGGUCGUUGGACCUGACGACGAUGAGGAGGACAUCGAGGAAGAAGUCAUGUCCGACUUGGAGAACCUGUUGAGCAAGGUUUCUAAGGAUCAGCGUGGUGUCAGUGUCCAGGCCUCGACGCUUGGUUCCCUGGAGGCUCUUCUUGAGUUCCUUCGUGUCUCUAAGAUUCCCGUUGCGAACAUUUCCAUCGGUCCUGUUUACAAACGUGAUGUAAUGAUGGCUGGUACUAUGUUGGAAAAGGCCAAAGAAUACGCCGUCAUGCUGUGCUUCGAUGUCAAGGUUGAUAAGGAAGCGGCUGCUUAUGCUGAGGAAGUCGGUGUUAAGAUCUUCACCGCAGACAUCAUCUACCACCUGUUCGAUGACUUCACCAAGCAUAUCGCUGAGCUGACGGAGAAGAAAAAGGAGGAGAGCAAGCUGCUUGCUGUCUUCCCUUGUGUGCUUCGUCCCGUCGCUGUCUUCAACAAGAAGGAUCCUAUCGUCAUUGGUGUCGAUGUCGUUGAAGGUAGCCUGCGGAUGCAUACACCACUCGCUGCCGUUAAGAGCAACCCAACCACCGGAGCCAAGGAAAUUAUCGAAAUUGGCAGAGUUGUGUCCAUUGAACGUGAUCAUAAGCCAGUCAGCGUGGUUAAGAGAGGUCAGCCGUCUGUGGCCGUCAAGAUCGAAGGACCUAAUCAGCCCAUGUACGGCCGGCAACUGGAAGAGAAGGACGCCCUGUACUCUAAGAUUUCCCGUGCCAGCAUCGACACUCUCAAGGAGUUCUACCGUGCGGACGUGUCGAUGGAGGAGUGGGGUCUUGUCAAGAAGCUCAAGCCCGUGUUCGACAUCCCUUGAUUUUCUACAAGUUUACAACUCUCCGAAGCCCAGGGACCUGCGAAGGAUUUCGACAGGAUUCUUGAUGGUGAACAUGAGGCAUUC